CUCCCCUGCACCGACAUUCCCCCCAAUCCAAACCCCAAAACCCCUGCAACGAUAGAAGAGCUCAAAACCUAACCUACACAGACUUCAAUAUGUUAACAAUACCCAGCGACCCUUGUAUCCCUGUGCAAGAAGAUUAUUAAUCUGUAAACAGCCAAACACAGAAUGUUAAAAUUAUCGAGAAUGAAAUCACUUCUCAAUCUCAGCUUAUCUCUUUCCACCACAACUGCCGCAGUUCCUUUCUCCCACUACUUGCAUUCCCAGCGCUUCAUUAUUCUACCGGCCGCCACAAAGCUUAAACCCCUAAAGAACCCUAAUUUUCUAUCUGCUGCAGCUGUGAUAAAUUCUAUUGCUAAUCACUGCAAACCCCCUAAUUCGACUCACAGUCGUGGAUUGUGUACAGAGGGCGUGGCCUCUGGUGAGAUUCACGUCAUUGUGGGACCCAUGUUCGCCGGGAAGACCACAACUCUUCUGAAGAGAAUGAAGGCUGAGAGCAGCAAUGGCAGAUUUCAGGGCGACCCCAGAAAGAAAUCCUGCCAUCUGGACCAAACGUUAAAGGAUCUUUGUUUCAUGGGGAGAAUUAAAGAAGCUGUUGGAAUAUUGUGCUGCACUGGUGUGCAAGUACUUCAGGAGACCUAUUCUCUCCUCUUACAAGAAUGCAUUUUAAGGAAGCAUUACAAAACCGGCAGAAGAAUUCACUGGCAAAUGGUGGUUGUUGGAUUUAUUCCCGAUAAGUAUCUGAAGAUAAAGCUUUUGAUCUUGUAUGCAAAAGCAGGGGAUUUGGAUUCAGCCCACAUUCUAUUCGGCACAUUGGUAACUAAAAGCAUAAUCCCAUGGAAUGCGCUAAUUGCAGGAUAUGUGCAGAAGGGCCUGGAGCAGUUAGGCUUGGUUCUCUAUCAAAGAAUGAGACAGUGUGGUUUGAUGCCAGAUCAGUAUACAUUUGCAUCUGUACUUAGAGCUUGUUCAUCUCUAGCCUUUCUGGAACAGGGUAAACAAGCCCAUGCCCUAUUAAUCAAGAGUCAAAUUAAUACGAACAUCGUAGUAAUCAGUGCUCUCUUGGAUAUGUAUUUCAAAUGCAGUAGCCCUCACGACGGACUUAAAGUGUUCAACAAAUCAUCAGAAAGGAAUGUCAUAACGUGGACUUCGUUGAUAUCUGGGUAUGGUCUGCAGGGAAGAGUGUCCGAGGUUUUGGAAUUUUUCCAGCAGAUGAUAAACGAAGGCUUCAAGCCAAACCAAAUCACUUUUCUUGCCGUUCUCUCUGCAUGCAGCCAUGGGGGACUUGUGGAUGAAGGGCGUGAAUAUUUUUUGUCAAUGGCAAGAGACUAUGGUGUGAAGCCGAGGGGAAAGCACUACGCAGUCAUGGUCGAUAUUUUGGGACGUGCUGGCAGAUUAAACGAGGCCUACGAUUUUGUCCAGAUGUCUCCCUAUAAGGACCACCCAGCUGUAUGGGGCGCCUUGCUUGGCGCGUGUAGAUUACAUGGGAAUGUGGACAUGAUAAAGCUUGCUGCAAGGAGCUUUUUCGAGUUGGAUCCGGAUAAUGCCGGAAAGUAUGUUGUCCUAUCUAAUGCCUAUGCGGCUUUCGGUUUGUGGAAAAAUGUUGCUGAGAUUAGGAGAGUGAUGAAGGGAUCGGGGAUUAAAAAGGAGCCCGGGUAUAGCAUGAUAGAGGUACAAAUGAAGGCCCAUUUCUUCUUUAUGGGACAUAACGCUCAUGAACAAACUGGGCUAAUACAUGAGUGGAUUAUGGACUUGACCAUUGCAUUGAAAGAUACUGAUGAUGCUCCGGACUUCAGCAUCAAUUGUUUGCACAUGUCUAUGAAGGUCUAUGUGCAAGCAGGUAUGAAAAGUGUGGCAAUAAUAAAAUCAAACAAGGAUGCUAGGUAUGGGUUGGACUCUAUCGUAACACACGAUGGGGAAAAGUUACCUUGCCUACCAUUAGCAGAUUUGUCGUCAUUCCGAGAAAAGCUGGGUGCUGAAGAGUAUGCUAAGGUGUUUAACUCGACUCUACAAGUGAUUGGUAUUGAUGAAGCUCAGUUUUUUGGGGAUUUAUAUGAUUUCUGCAGCAAAGCCGCUGAUCAUGAUGGCAAGACUGUAAUAGUUGCUGGUUUGGAUGGUGAUUAUUUGAGGAGGAGCUUUGGUUCGGUACUCGACUUAAUUCCCAUUGCCGAUUCUGUUAUCAAGUUAAAUGCCAAAUGUGAAGUAUGUGAUAAACGAGCAUUCUUUACUUUGAGGAAGACGGAUGAGAGUAAAACAGAACUUAUUGCUGGGGCUGAUGUGUACAUGCCAGUUUGCAGAAAACACUAUGUAAGUGGACAAGUAGUUAAAGAGGCUACUAAGGCUGUCCUCGAGUCUAACAGCGUGCAGAUUAGCGCAGUUUUGUAAAUGUUAUUGACUUUGACUGCUUUAUUUAUGAAACUUGGAUGGUUUGUUAUUAUAGCCAGGCGAUUAGAUUGUAUAAGGAUCAGGAUUUAUUGGUAUUGUGUAUAUUAUCAUUUCUUAGUAUUUUGGGUUGACAAGAUCCAAGUGAAUUUAGUGUUUUUUCUUAAUCUUCCUUUUUAUUUUUUUGUGAAAGAAA